GCCCCUGUCUUUUAUUUCUUCUUCCAUUGCCGCCGUUGAAUCAAGCACACUCGUUCUAUUCCACUCACUCGUACCACCCAACGCGUCGUCGCCACUGGAAGGAGAGUGUUCUUCUCUUUUACAGCCAUAUUCACCAAGUCAAAGCUUAAAUAUCCGCUCCUUUUUUCUCUCUCUCUCUUCCGCUAAAGUUCCUCGUUUUCUUUUCUUUUAAGUAGUAGUGAGUUUAAGAAAGACAAUAUUUUAAAAGAGGUAUAUAUAUAUAUAUACACCCUCAACCACGCAAAACUCCCCCCACAAUCAACUACCCUCUCUCUCUCACAUUCACACACACACACACACAAUGGGCUUCCUUUCGGAUGCGGUGGUGAUGAUGCGCGUGAAGUGGCAGAUGCGCUCCAUCAAGGUGCAGGUGCCGCCGGAGGAGACGGACCUGCGCUUCUGCUACGAUGUGAUGGACGAUGUGUCGCGCUCCUUCGCGGUGGUGGUGGCGCAGCUGUCGGACAAGCCCCUGCGCGACGCCAUCUGCAUCUUCUACCUCGUGCUGCGUGCGCUGGACUCCGUCGAGGACGAUAUGAAGGUGCCGGUGGACGUGAAGCUGAAGGAGCUGCCGAAGUUCCACACACACAUGGACGACCCGAACUGGUGCAUGACGGGUGUCGGCGAGGGCCGUGAGCGGGAGCUGCUUGAGAACUACCCGCGUGUCUCGCGCGAGUUCAAGAAGCUGAAGCCCGCCUACCAGAACGUCAUCGCGGACAUCUGCGAGCGCAUGGCAAACGGCAUGUGCGAGUUCCUGCAGCGCCCCGUCGUGACCAAGGAGGACUACAACCUGUACUGCCACUACGUCGCUGGUCUUGUCGGGCACGGGCUGACGGACCUCUUUGCCAAUUGCGGCUUCGAGGACCCGAGCCUGAACCGGGACUUCACCGACUCCAACAACAUGGGGCUCUUUCUGCAGAAGACGAACAUCAUCCGCGACUACUUCGAGGACAUCCGCGAGGAGCCGCCGCGCAUGUUCUGGCCAAAGGAGAUUUGGGGCCGCUACGCGACGGAGCUUGGCGAGUUCAAGGAGGAGGCCAACAAGGCCGCCGCCCUGCAGUGCCUCAACGCGAUGGUGGCGGACGCCGUCACGCACAUCCCGUACGUCGUGAACUACAUGUCCUCCCUGCACGACCCCUCCGUCUUCCGCUUCUGCGCCAUUCCGCAGGUCAUGGCCAUCGCCACUCUGACCGCCGUCUACAACAACGCCGACACCUUCCAGGUGAAGGUCAAGACGACGCGGGCGGAGUCGUGCCGCAUCAUGCUGAACGCUACGACCCUCUACAGCUCACUGGAGAUCUUCCGCAAGUACUGUGUGCAGUUGCAGGAGAAGCUGGACCCGGAGGACGCGAGCACGCCGGCGAUUCAAAGUUCGUUGGCCGACGCGAUGGAGCGCAUUGACGCACAGCUGAAGAAGUGCGACGAGGAGUCGUACUCGCGUAGCCUCCUCACCCGCUACCCCGGGCUAGGCGGUGGCUACAUGCUGGCGAUGAUGGACACCGUGACUAGCUUCUUUGGCGGCCGUCGGGAGAUCACGAACCACGCAUAA